GGAGGACGAACGCAGCCGUAGUAUUGUCGCGGCCGAGAACAGGUCUCGUCUGUGUGGAGGCCGCUCACAGUAUUGUCGCUGAAGGUCGCCAGUGAUUUUCCACGUCGUUGUGCCGGUGGCGGAUAUGAAGUGGCUGCUGCUCGGCAGUGGCCGCCUGCGACCGGUUUAUGUUCGUGUCCUCUGCAAUCAGCUAAAGUCUUUCAGUACACUGCCAGACAAAAAGAAACAACUUUUGGAAGAGGGUCCUGACCUGCGGGAGUUUAUAUCUGGCGAAUUAUCAGAUAAGGGAACAUGGGAAGAGUAUAAAGGCAACCUGAAGCGCCAAAAAGGAGAAAGAUUAAGAUUGCCUCCAUGGUUGAAGACAGAGAUUCCUCUUGGGAAAAAUUACAAUAAAUUGAAAAAUACUCUUCGGAAUUUGAAUCUGCACACUGUAUGUGAAGAGGCAAGGUGUCCAAAUAUUGGAGAAUGCUGGGGAGGAGAAAAAGGCACAGCUACAGCCACUAUAAUGUUAAUGGGCGAUACCUGCACAAGAGGCUGCAGGUUCUGUUCUGUGAAAACCAGUCGAAAGCCUCCACCUUUAGAUCCGGAUGAGCCUAUCAACACAGCAAAUGCAAUAGCAGAGUGGGGUCUUGACUAUGUUGUGCUGACUUCUGUUGACAGAGAUGAUCUUCCAGAUGGUGGAGCGAAACAUUUUGCAGCUACAGUAUCACAGUUAAAAGAAAGACAUCCCAAAAUUAUAGUGGAAUGCCUGACCCCUGACUUCAGAGGUGACCUAAAAGCUGUGGAAGCAGUUGCAGUUUCAGGACUUGAUGUCUACGCACACAAUGUGGAGACUGUCAGGGAAUUGCAGAGGUAUGUGCGGGAUCCUCGGGCAAAUUUUGAUCAAUCGCUGAAUGUAUUAAAAUAUGCAAAGAAAGUGAAAUCUGGUCUUCUUUCAAAAACAUCCAUAAUGUUGGGACUUGGUGAGACAGAUGAACAGGUGUACUCAACGCUGAAAGAAUUACGGGAGGCUGGUGUGGAUUGUCUGACCUUGGGACAGUACAUGCAACCAACAAGACGGCAUCUAAAGGUGGAUGAGUACAUAACUCCAGAGAAGUUUAAAUACUGGGAAAAUGUGGGUAAUGAACUUGGAUUCUUAUUUACUGCCAGUGGACCCUUGGUACGCUCUUCAUAUAAAGCAGGUGAAUAUUUCAUGAAGCAGCUCCUAAAUAAACAAAUAGCUAAGCCAAGUUAGAUGACGCUGAAAACUGUUGACUACUUAGCUUUUAGAACUUCAUACUUCCAAGAACACUUAAUUUACUGUCCUUGAAUUUGUUCAUGGGAUUUCGAUCUGUGCAAAGUUUGCUCUGAGAAAACUGACAGAUGGCACUGAACCACUUGAUGGUGAUCAUAUGUUGAUAUAUAUAUCGGUUAUCUGCCAUCAUGUAAAUGCUUUGUGGAUCUGCUUCACGUGCAGUUUCUUCUCGGGAUAAUUUUUCCCCCACUAAAAAGACUUCAUUUAAAUUUUGACUGCAAUUCAGAAGGUGCAUUCCACGAAAACUUCUCUGGCCAUGGAUUUUUUUCCGGUUGAUUUUGGGACAUUGCACAAGAGUUUGUGACGUGAAUGUGGAGUACAAGACAGCUAUGCCUCCGUGUCCUGGGCAGUAAUGAAUAUUGAUUUGUUGGGAAAUUUAGCAAUUCUGUAAAUCAUUUAUGAGACCAACCAUUUUAAAAUACAUUUUUUUCUGCAACACUGCAGACUGAAGAUUUGAUCAAUAUAAUAUUGUGGAAAACACCACAAUAAAUAAUGUAUUCCUAUCUGAAGUGUUCAGCCACUGUUCUAAAUUUGUGUUACUAUCUAUAUUGUAAUUGAACUCCUUUGCCACCAUAUUACUAAAGGUUGGAAUAAAUUUGCUGUAAAAUACAGAAGUGAUGUUUUCAUAUGCUUGAGUCAGGAGAUGUGCACUGUAAUCAAUUAAAUCCUGGAUGUGUGCAACAUACAUGUGAAUGAACAAUACAUCUUGGCUGUAUUCAGUAAAACUACGUUAAAGAUUUGUACUGUACUUUCUGAACAUGUAAAAUUCAGAGAGCAAUAUAGCACAGAUACAGGCCCUUUGGCUCAAUGAAUCCAUGGCAGCUGGUCCCAAUUUCCUGUAUUUGGCCCAUAUUCCUCUAAACCCUGCCCCUUCUUGUACCACUAGAACCACUUUCCAGGUGUAUCUGUUUCAACCACUUCUCCUGGCAGGUUGUUUACUGUACUCACCAGCCAAUUCAUGAAAUAGUUGCCCUUUGAGGUCCCUUUUAAAUCUUUGCCCUCUGACUGCCAAGUCUAUGCUCCCUAGUAUUGGACUUGCCCACCUUGGGGAAGAGAUUGACUAUCCAUGUUGUCUGUAAGGUUGCCCCUCAUUUUCCUACACUCCGUGAAUAAAGACCUAACCUGGCCAACUUCUCCCUAUAACUCAGGCCCUCCAGUCCUGACAACAUAAAAUCUUUACUGCAGUUUAACUACAUACUUUCCAAGGAUAGGAUGACCAAAACUCUAUGUACUACUCCAAGGGUAGUGUUACAAAUGACUAUUAUGACAUGUCCUAACUUCUAAACUCAAUGCCCUGACUGGAAGGCCAGCGUGCUAAAUGCGUUUUUAACCCUGUCUACCUGUAAUGCCACAUUCAACAAACUCUGCACUUUUACUCCAAGAUCUCUUAGUGUCAUUACACUCCCUAAUGCUUUACCAUUCAUAGUCUCAAUCCUAUGUUGGUUUGACUUUCCAAAAUGUAUCACCUUACUUAUCUGUAUUGAAAUCCAUUUGCCACUCCUUGGCCCACUUCUGUAACUGAUCAAGCUCCACCUUGAUCUACAAAUAAUAAUCUUUACUAUCGACAGUACUAAAGAUUAUUAUAGAUCGAAGGGGAUUCUGCAAACUUACUGAUCAAACCUUGUGUAUUUGCAUCCAAAUCAUUUAUGUACUGAUGUGAGGAGAAGAUGGCGUGACACUGUGUGCUCGGUUGCUCCAAAAUGAUAUCGUACGUGUUAACUAGGGGCCGUGUACAAUCCUGAUUUGAUGGAGACGAACGUGAGAAGCACGGAGGACACCUGGAGAAACUUCUGAAAUGCCUGCUUCGCUGCCACUGCUACUGUGCGAUCGAGAAUCUCCGGAGGGGAAGGCUCCAAAUCCUCGGCUUUGCACAUUGCCUGUUGCCAGGUUGGGGUUGAAGUGCUCGGCAGAGAUGGUGCUUGGUGUCAGAGGGCUGAUCGGAGGCUCGAAGUUUUCGGACGGACUCAAGAGUCGGCUAUGGUCGGGUGCUUCCAGGAUGCUGCACCGGCAAGUUUGCGGUGCUGGAAGCUCAUGGCAGGAAGAGGUUUUUUUUUCUUCCUUCUACCGUCUGCGUGAGAUUAUGGGACUUUCGAGAGACUUUGAGACUUUUUUUUACUGUGCCCAUGGUGUUCUUCAUUAAAUUACGGUAUUGCUUUGCACUGUUGUAACUAUAUGUUAUAACUAUGUGGUUUUUGUCAGUUUUUCAGUUGGUUUGUCUUGUGUUUCUGUGAUA